AUUUUUUAAAAAGCCCCCUCCCCGGUUAGGGUUUGUGGGAAAUUAAAAAGGGGAAAAAAUCGAAGGAGGCGGUGAGGGAGAAAUAUUAGGGCUCGGAUUUCCCCCAUAUUCCCUUUCGCCGGCUGUGAGGGCUUUUGGGGGGCGCUCCGACAAGGGCUUAGGGUUUUUGUUCUUUUUUUUAAUUUUUCCUCACCAUAACCGCUGCUUUCUCCCUUGUUUUCCCUGAUUUUCGCGUAUUUCCUGGGCCUUUUCUCCGAAAAUGGCGCGGGUUUCGGGAAUUUUCUGGUGAAAUUCGGAAAAAAGGAGGAAUUUUUGGGAGGGUGCGGCGACCGCGGCGCAUAAUUUCUAGGGUUAAUUUGCUGCAUCUUGAUCAGGGUUGGGAUUUUUUUUUUUUACUGCCGUCGUUUUUUUUUUCUUGCAUUAGGCUUAAAUUUUAGAAAUUUUUCUCUUAGUACCUUGCUUUAUUUUCCGCCUUGUUACUUGUACUGUAAAUUAAGUCUUGAUGCUGCUGUUGUUGUAAUUUCGAGUUAAUGAGCUGAUUUCCGAGACCGGGUUUAUGGCUUUUAAAAAUUCUUGCUUGCUGGCAGUGUUCUGGAGCUUGUUUAGUAGAUUUUUUCAGUAACAAUCGAAUCUUUGUACUGUUUUCUUUCCUGAUCUUGUUGGUGAUAGUGGGAACAGAGCAAAAUCCCAAAUCUUUAGGGGAAAAAGUUUCCAAAAUCAGUUUUUUUUCUUGUCCUUCCAAGAAAGGAGACUGGAGUGGGGUUCUAGUAGAUUUUCACUGGAAUUCUUGGGGUUGCGGUUGCAGUAGAGCUAGAAUUAUCAGGUAAUGGUGUCUAGAUCUUGCUCUUGGGCUGAAUGGAAGUAAGAUCCGAGCCGGGAAUCAUGUCGGGCAGGGAAUCGUUUAACGUAGGUAUGCAAAAAAGCCCUGUGCAGUCCCAGCCGUCGAUGCAGAGCAUGCGAUUGGCCUACACCCCAGACGGAACGGCGAUCUACAAGCCGAUAACCCCCAGUUCUCCUCCACCUCCACCUUACCAAGGAGGAGGAGGAGGAGCAGGAGGAGGGGCAGGAGGGAGCACCGGAGGCGGCGAAGGUCCCUCGCCGGCGGCGAUCACACCGCAUGGUCUAAACAUCAACAUGGGAGAACCGGUGAAACGGAAGCGAGGACGACCGAGGAAGUACGGGCCCGAUGGUGCCAUGGCUCUUGCAUUGACCACCGUAUCCCCAAGUGCUGCCGUCUCGCCCGGUUCAGGAGGGUUCUCUCCUUCUUCUGCUGGGGCAGGGAACCCGGCAUCGUCGGCCGCGGCGGAGGCCAUGAAGAAAGCAAGAGGCCGGCCGCCCGGCUCUGGCAAGAAGCAGCAGCUGGCUGCUCUGGGAUCGGCAGGGAUUGGAUUUACACCUCAUGUUAUUACAGUUAAGGCUGGAGAGGAUGCCUCAUUACUUCAAAUUAUGAGGAGCCUCUUUACCUUGGCUAAUGUGUGUUUAGGCCUUAGGUCCAAGGAUGUGUCCUCAAAGAUCAUGGCAUUUUCUCAGCAUGGACCACGUGCAAUUUGCAUCCUUUCGGCAAAUGGUGCUAUAUCUAAUGUGACUCUUCGUCAGGCGGCAACUUCUGGUGGAACAGUAACUUAUGAGGGUCGAUUUGAGAUAUUGUCACUAUCUGGUUCAUUUUUGCUGUCAGAAAGUGGUGGUCAACGUAGUCGAACAGGUGGUCUUAGCGUUUCACUGGCAGGCCCUGAUGGCCGUGUUUUAGGUGGUGGAGUGGCAGGACUUUUAACAGCAGCAUCCCCGGUCCAGGUUGUGGUGGGCAGCUUUAUAGCUGAUGGGAAGAAAGAGCCGAAGCAGAUGACUCCUUCCGAUCCUCCUCCGUCGGCUGCUGGAAAGCUUGCCCCUGGCGGGACGGCAGGUGCUAACAGCCCGCCGUCACGAGGCACGCUGAGUGAAUCCUCCGGCGGGGGGCCUGGGAGCCCUUUGAACCAGAGCACUGGCACCUGCAAUAACAGCAACCAACAGGGUUUGCCGAGCAUGCCUUGGAAAUAAACUUAAUGCUCAUGCGCCUUGUAAUCCUGAUCGCAAUCUCGAACCUCUUGUUCCGUUUCCCUUGUCUUCCUUCUUAUGUAACUGGCGAACUGGGAAAAGUGGUGUCUUCCUCUCCAUCGCACCAGGUUUUACCGUUAUCAUGUGUGAGUUUAGAAGCUGGCAGUAUGCUGUUUUUUCUUUCACUUGUAGCUCUCGUUGAUGUUUUAUUAAUGCCUGAAGGUGUUGUAUGGAAUUAUACCCAUGUAUCAAGUAUCAUGAUGUGUGUGUGUUCUCUGGGGCCUGACCACCCCUUUUGUUGUCUGUCUGAUGUCCUUGAUGCUUCUUAUUGUUUUCUUCUUUAUUUUUUA